AUGGCCGAUUUGUUCCACCCACUGGCGGUGGCAGCGAUGCGGAAGGACAAACCAGAACAGGCAAAAGUAGCAAAGAAAACACGUGCCAUGGAGGAGAGAUCAGAGUCACCUACACAGAGCUGUGUGUCCAUGGAGAGUGACCGCUCAGAAGAAGGCGUCCGACCUGACCUCAAAGAGGGAGAUCUGCCCUCUGAGAAAAGAAAGCUUAUGAAGGAACACAGCUUUGUGUUCGAGGAAUGUGAACGCAUGAAAAAUCAUGCUCUCAAGAAGAAGUUUCAUGAAGAUCUAUUCUACACCUUCCUUGAACUUGAGAAAAAAGUAAUGGUAUUUAUGAAGCGUGAGCUGGACAGGUUUAAGAAAUUUCUGAAAAAAGAAAAGAUAAAAUACUCUGACAGGGAAGCAGAUGACAACUACAGAGCCAGAGAGGGGGCUCUGAACAUCACACUGCACUUUCUGAAGAAGAUGAACCACAAUGACCUCGCAGAUACUCUAGAGAAAUGUCCAAUUGAGAUGUGUCAGCGUGAGCUUAAAUCAAAUCUGAAGAGGAAGUAUGAAAGUGUGUUUGAAGGAAUAGCAAAGCAAGGGAGCUCUAAACUACUGGAAAAGAUUUACACAGACCUCUACAUCACAGAGGGCGGAAGUGGUGCAGUCAAUAAAGAGCAUGAAGUGAGACAUAUUGAGAAAGCAUCUGGGAGUCUAGAAACAGAAGAGAAACUGAUUGAGUGCAACAAUAUCUUUAAACCAUUACCUGGACAAGAAAAAAACAUCAGAACUGUGCUUACAAAGGGAGUUGCUGGCAUUGGAAAAUCAAUCUCUGUGCAGAAGUUCAUUCUGGACUGGGCAAAAGGAAAUGCAAAUCAGGACAUCGAGUUGAUUUUUCCACUUCCUUUCCGGGAGCUGAACUUGAAGAAGGAAAAAUACAGUUUUAUGGACAUUCUUCAUCAAUUUUUCCCAGAGACCAGAGGACUGAUGCUUACCAAGAAUAAGAAGUACAAAGUCCUGUUUGUCUUUGAUGGCCUGGAUGAAUGUCGACAUCCUCUGGAGUUCAAGAAAAAUGAGAUCUGGUCUGACAUAACUGCACCAACCUCAGUGGAUGUUCUUCUGACAAACCUCAUCAAGGGAAAUCUGCUUCCCUCUGCUCUCAUAUGGAUAACUACCAGACCUGCAGCAGCCAGUCACAUCCCUCCUGACUGUAUUGACCAGGUGGCCGAGAUACGCGGGUUUAAUGACACACAGAGAGAGGAGUACUUCAGAAAGAGAAUCACUGAUGAGAAACUGGCUGACAGAGUCAUCUCACACAUGAAACAAUCACGGAGCCUCUACAUCAUGUGCCACAUCCCAGUCUUCUGUUGGAUCUCAGCCACUGUUCUUGAAAGAAUAUUGGAAGAAACAGACACCACUGACAAACUGCAAACUCAAGAAUCAGACAGUACUGACAAACAGCAAAUCUUAAAGACACUAACACAAAUGUACUCGCACUUUCUGAUCUUUCAGACCAGACAAAAGACUGAGAAGUAUGGGGAGAAAUAUUAUUUGGACACACAGUGGGAUGAAAAGAGCAUUCUGGCUCUGGGACGUCUGGCUUUUCAAAACCUGUUAAGAAACAAUCUGAUUUUCACUGAAAGCGACCUAACAGAUUGUGGCAUUAGUGUGAACGACGCAUCUGUGUACUCAGGAAUGUGCACACAGAUCUUUAAAGAGGACUCUGGGGUGUUUCUUGCUACUGUGUUCUGCUUUGUGCAUCUGAGUAUUCAGGAGUUUAUUGCCGCUUUGUAUGCAUACAUGUCUAUUGACAAACACCAAAAAAAUGUUUUUGCUGACCAGGACACGUCACUGGAGAAUGAAAGUAACACAGUGACUGGAUUGCUCAAGAAAGCAGUGGAUAAGGCUUUGGAGAGUGAGAGUGGACACCUUGACCUUUUUCUCCGCUUCCUUCUUGGUCUCUCACUGGAGUCCAAUCAGAGGCUCUUACAGGGUUUACUGACACAGACAGGAGGCAGCUCAGAGGGCAAGGAAGAAAUAGUCAGAUACAUCAAGGACAAGCUCAACGAGAAUCCCUCUGCAGAGAGAUCCAUCAAUCUGUUCCACUGUCUGAAUGAACUAAAUGACAAAUCUCUAGUGGAGGAGAUCCAAAACCACCUGAGCUCUGGAAGUCUCUCUAGUGCCCAGCUCUCACCUGCUCAGUGGUCAGCUCUGGUCUUUGUGUUACUGACAUCAGAGGAGCAGAUGGAGGUGUUUGACCUUAAAAAGUUCAUCAGGUCAGAUGAGUGUCUUAAGAGACUCCUGCCAGUGGUCAAAGCAGCCACAAAAGCUUUACUGGACGACUGUGAUCUAACAAAGGAGAGCUGUUUAACUCUUACCACAGUACUCAGCUCAAACUCCUCCAGUCUGAGAGAGCUGGACCUGAGCAAGAAUAAAAUACAAGAUUCAGGAGUGCAGUUUCUUGCUUCCCAACUGAAAAAUCCACAAUGUAAACUGGAGACCCUGAGACUUUCUGACUGUAGUAUAACAGGGGAUGGGUAUGCUGAUCUGGCCUCAGCUCUGAAAUCAAACCCCUCACACCUGGUAGAGCUGGAUCUGAGAGGGAAUGACCCUGGACCAUCAGGAGUGAAGCUGCUGUCUGAUUUACUGAAGGAUCCAGCCUGUAAACUGGAGAGACUAAAGCUUAAUAACAGCAGCAUCACAGAAGAAGGCUGUGAUGCGCUGAUUUCAGCUCUCACAUCAAACCCCUCACACCUGAUAGAGCUGAAUCUGAGUGGGAAUAAACUAGGAGACUCAGGAGUGAAGCACAUCUCAGCUCUACUGGAGAAUCUAAACUGUAAACUGGAGAGACUGGAACUUUCAGACUGUAGUAUAACAGGAGAAGGAUAUUCUGCUCUGGCCUCAGCUCUGAAAUCAAAUCCCUCACACCUGGUAGAGCUGGAUUUGAGAGGAAAUGACCCUGGAGACUCUGGAGCAAAACUUCUCUCUGAUUUCUAUAAUUUACUUAAUGAUCCAAAAUGUAAACUUAAGACAUUGAGGCUUAAUGACAGCAGUAUAACAGAAGAAGGCUGUGCUGCUCUGACUUCAGCUCUGACAUCAAACCCCUCACACCUGAUAGAGCUGAAUCUGAGUGGGAAUAAACUAGGAGACUCAGGAGUGAAACAGAUUUCUGUUCUUCUAGAGAACCCACACUGUAAACUGCUGAGACUGGAGGUCACUCUUCUCACAGCUCAAUACUGUGUGACAGAUUCAGUGCAAAAAACAGUCCAACCAAUGUCAAACCCCUCACAUCUGAUAGAACUGAAUCUGAGUGGGAAUAAUCUAGAAUCAGGAGUGAAGUACAUCUCUGAUCUACUAGUGAAUCCGCAAUGUAAACUACAGAAACUGCUGCUUAAUGACAGCAGUAUAACAGAAGAAGGCUGUGCUGCUCUGACUUCAGCUCUGAUAUCAAACCCCUCACACCUGAUAGAGCUGCAUCUGAGUGGGAAUAAACUAGGAGACUCAGGAGUGAAGCCAAUCUCUGAUCUACUGGAGAAUAAACACUGUAAACUGCAGAAACUGCUACUUAAUAACUGCAGUAUAACAGGAGAGGGUUGUGCUGCUCUGACUUCAGCUCUGACAUCAAACCCCUCACACCUGAUAGAGCUGCACCUGAAAGGGAAUAAAAUAAGAAGCUCAGAAAUGAAACAGCUCUCUGCUCUAGUGGACAAUCCAGACUAUAAACUUCGGAAAGUGGAGUGA